UUCAGAUACGAGUAUUUCCAUAUAGGAAGAUCAAAAUGUCCAUACCAUUACCAAAACGCUUAAUUUGCAAGGCCAUCAUAAUCUCCAUAACAGAAACAUUACUGCUAACAAAACAUCAUAAUAUCCAUGGACUUGAAUUUAUCAGAGUAUGGCAUUUGGUCUUCAUAGGAAAAACAUUACCGCUAACAAAACACAUUAACUUGAAUUCAUUAAGUGAUCAGAGAUACUUGUGGACGCCACCCGAAUACCCCGGGCAGAAUACAAGCAAUAGUGGCAUUCUUCAAAUGUUAUCAACUUACGCAUCUCGGGUUUACACCAGUCCACAUCUCUUGGAAGGUUUUCAAGACGUAUGAGGAUGGACAACAAUUUAUUAGAUUGCAAGCUGUGACUCUCAUAACCCUCUUAUGCCAUGAAGUAGUUUCUGUCUUAAAUAUUUUUACUUCACAAUGCAUUUCUUUGUGGAAUGUAUGAUCUCUUGGUCAAAAUUUCCUUCUCGAUAGAAAUCAUUUAUGCUUCAUCUGGCUUCACUUUCAACAUUCAUCUUCUCCUCUGUACAAUGUACAAUGCCCUCAAUCAUUUGCUGCGAUUCAGUCUGGUAUUCAGAUAUCGGAGUGGCAAAAUCUAGCUCUAUAAUGUAGUCAACCAAACUAAGUAAACACCAUCUCCAUACUGAUCAUUAGGAGCAUCAAAUGGCAACCAUAAUUUUGUUCCAGCAUAUCAGCUUAUGAUUCUUAUCUUUUUCCUCAACUGAAGAAACGUCUACCUAUAUCUUGUACAACGCUUCGGCUUUCCCCCUUGACUUUGUAAAUUCACCAGCUGUAAACAAUUWKACAGAAUUUGGACAAAAUAUAUGUAGCUGGCUGCUCAGCCUUCAAGCAAAUCUAACUAACAGUUCUCUUCUUCUGAACCCAAAUAAUGAUACCAGCUGUGGAAUUCAGGAGGUCACUAAGAUGAUCAAUCUAAAUAUAUGGCAAGACCAUGCAACCUCUUUCAACUCCAUUGAUCCUUGGUCGAAAAUCUGCAAUUUUUCUGCUAUGAAAAUUUACAACUCAUUCCAUGUCUUGGCCAAAUUCCUACUUGAGAGAUCAAAUAGCUCUUGCUCGCUUCCAUAGACUCUGUACAAUAUCAUAAGGGGAAAAGAAAAGAAAACAGAUGAGAAUUCUCAAGAAGAGAAUAUGCAGCUUGUGAAUCCAAUCUCAAUGACUCUUAUAAUAUCAGCAUGAGAUUCUACUAACAUAGCACACCGGGAAAACGAAAUGAGUGGAGAAAAUAGACAUGAACAGACCAAUCUAGACAAAGAUGGCUCAUAAAAAUAGAUAAAUCGAAACUAUAGAGAAACAUUAUGUACACCUCUUAUUGCACACAAGCAAACAUGUAUUUGAGCAAUCCUGAAUGAUAAACCACUAAGAUUAUAUAGCAUGCUCGAGGCAAUUAUUUUCACUAUGUCCGGAAGAGUAGUUUACAAAGACUUGAAGUUCAUGUAUUGUAUGAUUAGUCUUUUAUCAACAAGAUUUUUUCCGGUUUCAGUAUCCACUGAUAUAGAUUUUAUCUCUGCAUCAGAUUAGAUAGGCAGCCCAUGACCAAUAAUGAAAGCUUGUCACGUGGGUCUGUCGACCGUCAUCAAUUGAUCUUCCGUGACAUGGCAUUUGGUUUUGAAGUUUUAUAGACCUCUUAGUAUGAUUGUAAUUCAUUGGAACAAGUGGGACGGCUCUGCAGUAGUUAGGACGAGACAGGAUGAAGUUUGUGUAUUCACACCAAAUGAGCAACUCCAUGUGAGCAUUGAUGAAGUAGGCCCUCUUAGACACCUACCUGAUACUGUUUUCUUCUCACCACUUCUCCAUUCUGAAUCCAUAAAUACAGAUCAAAAAACUUCAAUCUCCACAACUCAAAUUUCAAAUAGAUCCUCCUUCAAGUACUACACUUCCCAACUUCGAGAUCUGCAUCAAGCAGAAAGCCUUUAAAAAUUAGAUAUGGGAAUCAGACUACCUUCACUUCUCAAUGCCAAGCAAGUUCUAAAAAUGCACACUGUUUCUUAUAGAGGCCAAUGUGGUGUUCCCAAAGGCCAUAUUGCAGUAUAUGUGGGAGAUAUUGAAAGGAAGCGAUUUGUAGUUCCAAUAUCAUACUUGAACCAUCCUUCUUUUUCUGCUUUGCUCAAGAGUGCUGAAGAAGAAUUUGGAUUCAAACAUCCAACUGGAGGUUUGACAAUUCCUUGCGGAGAAGAUGUCUUCAUCAAUCUCACAUCCAGGCUUCAAACUUCCUGAAAGAGAGAAGAAAAACAGUCCAGCCAGUUUUGCCAGAUUCCUCCAUUUUUCUCCCGUUGAGAGUAGAAAAUUAAUGUGUAGUUAGUUUCUACAUGUAAAUGAUGAGAAGCGGAAACAUUGAAAUCGAAAUAUAAAGUCACCUUUCUUAUAAAAACAUCUGUGUGCCUUCAUGAAUUUUUGUUUGUCUAAAUUCUUCACGUUUUUCCUUUCCGUUUCCGUACAAUGUUACUUCUGAUAUAUCUGAGCACAAAACUUCUUUCUUCGAGAGGUGAAAACUAGAAAUGUUUCCACUGCUUGUCGAUGAUGCUCCCAAGAGAUGU